GGGCGUGCCCGGAGCCCAGAGCUGGUCGAUGCUGGGAGGACUGAGAGGAAGGAGAAGAGGAAGAUAGGGAGGAUGAGGAAAAUGGGUGAGGCCCGUCCGACCCGAGGAGCGCCGACGCUGGCUUAAUAAAGGAGGACAAGAAGAGGAGGAGGAGGAGGAGGAAGGAGGAGGGGGAGGAGGGAGCUGUUGCUUGUCGUGGGUGGGGGGGGUCAACCUGAGCCAUCAUGGACAAAUAUCGACCGAAGAGACCCACCAGCCUGGCUCUGUUCCCACAGCUGCCCCAAGCUGGCACACAGGACUCCAUCAACAACAACUCCUUAGGGAAGAAGGACAGCUGGAAGGAAUCCAGAUCUUCCUCCCCGCUCAUCACAGGCGAUCUAACACCUCCGGAUGUCAGGCCAAAAGCAGAGGACAAAGUCCGGCAUGGUGCUCAGCGCCGGCCGGCACCAAAACCUCCCUCUGGCGCCGGAUCCAACCUAAGAUCCAGCACUCAGGCCACUGCCCCCUCGACAGAACCACGAGCUCGGACACGAGAGCGACUGGCCCCGGGGCCCCCACAGACCUCCAGCACACCGAGGAGUCAACGGAGGGCAGCAGCAGCAGGAGGAGCAGGCAGGGGAGCAGGAAGAGUAGCAACCACAAUGAGGGAAAAAAACUUAGGGGAACUCAAAGGGAAGGAGGGAUCCAUGGACAGAAGAGGGGGUCGACUGUGUGAGGAGACCAGGACCAAGGACAAGGACCGCAGUCAGAAGCAGAGGGAGGCCAGCACACUGAAGGGCCGGGGGACUGAUGGGAGAGGGAGAGGAGCCCCCAAAGUGAGCAACAAAGGAGGCGUCAAGCCAAAUAACAAACUCUCCAAUAAGGAGGUUUACCUGCCGUCCAUGGUGGUCCCACGAACACCUGUCACUCAGAGGAAGAAGAACCAGGACCAAGGCCAAAACCAUGACAGGACCCAGGACCCCCCUGUGCUGUCUCGGUCCAGCAGUGAGGGGGGCUCCAACAGGAUGUCCCUGAGCUCAGACACAGAGGGCCCCCCUCCUGGACCGCUGCAACCCCCUCUGUCCCACAUCACCAACCCAGACAUCAGUGAGGAGGACGGAGAAGGAGAUCCGACUCCGUGCCUGCAGAACGGUCCGACCCGCAGCUUUGCAGCAGGAGACGGAACCACGGCGAGCUGCGAGGUGGAGGGAGGCGGUGCUGUGAAGCGGGCUGAGGUUCCGCCGGAGGCUGCAGCCGGGCUCUGCUAUGACUCCAUCAAGUACACGCUGGUGGUGGACGAGUGCGCUCAGCUCGAGCUGGUCAGCCUGAGGGACUGCACACGCAGAAACGAGGACAGUGAUGCUGAGACUGUGUACCAGUCUGCCAAUGAGGAGGAAGAUCCAGAGUACGAGGUGGAGAGGCAGAAGAGCGAGGAAGCAUGGAAGCAAGAGAAAACGAAGGAGGAGAAGAGGAGGAGAAAGGAAGAGGAAGAGGCGAAGAAGAGGAGAGAGGAAGACUUGAAGAGAAGGAGGGAAGAAGAGGUCAAGAGGAGGAGGGAAGUUGUGGGGAGAUUCUGCAAGCAGUCUAAGGUGGCUUCCACCACUUCAGAGGAAGACGACUCCAACGGAGGAAGAGUCUGCGCUCCGAGAAGCAGGAAGUUCCUGAACCUGUUUGCCAACAGCAGCAGCCCUUACAGCGCCACAGGUGCCAGCUCCUUCGGUAUGUUCUCCUGUGUUCUGGACGGAGUGGAGAGGCAGCAGAGCCACCGGGCCGUCUACAGGUUUGUCCCUCGUCAUGCAGAUGAGCUGCAGCUGGAGACAGAUGACCCGGUUCUGAUGCUGAACCAGUCUGAGGAUCUUUGGUGUCAGGGUUACAACAUGAGGACGGGGGCCAGCGGCAUCUUCCCGGCCUUCUAUGCGGUCCAGGUUCCCAAAGACCAGAACUAUGCCCGUAGAGACGGACGGACAGAACGGUUCGUGGCGAGGUUUCUGGGCUCAGUUCAGGUCCCCGUCCACACAGGAAAUGACGUCCUGUGUGCGGCCAUGCGAAAGGUAGCGUGUAACAGGCGGUCAGACGGCCAGCCUCCCUCGGCCUGUGUGCUGGAACUCAGUGUGAAAGGCGUGAGGAUGAGUGUGGAGGACCAGUGCCAUUCUGCUCACCGGGGCGACCAGUGUUUCCAUUUUUUCCAUUUGAAGAACAUCUCAUUCUGCGGCUGCCACCCAAAACACAGCAGGUAUUUUGGGUUCAUAACCAAACACCCGGACCAUCAGCGCUUCGCCUGCCACGUCCUCAUGUCAGACUCGUCGCUACAACCCCUGGCUGAGUCUGUGGGGAGAGCUUUCCGGCAGUAUUACAAGGAACACAUUGGCUAUUCCUGUCCCACCGAAGACAUCUUCAUUGAAUAACCCCCCCCCAGUCGUCAUCUUAAGACUCACGUAUGUGCAUGUAAGCCUGGUCUUACACCCCAACUGGACCACCACUAUAUCUUCUUUGCAUGGUGGAUUUCUUCUUCAUGGCUGUCUCAAGUGAGACAGCCAGGUUCUUCUUCCUUCCUCAUCUUCAGGCGGAGACGGUCUCUGAAGAUGGACAGAAUCCUGUCAGAGGGUUCAUAGGAUCUGAACUAACUUCAUCAGCCACAAAAAUAUCUAUCUUUUAGCGUUUAUUGGCAGACAGUAUCUACAGUACAUUUAAUCCAAAAAUAGAUGUUUUACACUAAAAUGCUAAACAAAAAACCAAACCUGACGAGUGGAUAAACUUUAAGCCCAAACAAUCAAACAUGCAGAAUAACAAUUCAUGUAACUAAAUCUAAUAUUGAAAUUAUGUUAUUUCAAAAUAUGUUUAACUAAAACUCUUUUAUUCAGAUUGAGACCAAGGAUUUAACCAAAAUUUAACCAAAACCGCAACAACUAUAGAUACAGCGGAGCUUUAACCUCUUAAUAAGUCAUAAAGUAGAGACAAUCUGAAUUAUUUAAAACAACAUUUAUCCGAAAGGGUCUGAUUUAUGUUGACAUCAUGCAGAUUUAGGACUAUAUCCAUAAAUCAUUAAAAAUGUUUACAAAAUUGUCAGUGAAAUCAAUUUCUAAGCAAGAAACACAAAAAAUGUGAACAUGUUGAUAAAGAAUCACUAACUGUGUUUCUGUGAAGUGUUGACAGAUGAUCAUUGUCCAAAAUUUAGCACAAUUUACUGCAGAAAAGACACAAACUUCUAAGAAAAUUAUUUUUUAUUUGAAAAGGUAAGAAGUCCUGAGGAGAUACUGGUCAAAAUUGUUUAGGAAAAACAAGAAAAUGUGGCUAAAAUAAUUUAAAGAAAGAGAAAAAAUACAUUUAAAAACCUACAAAUCCAACAAGAUCAAAUUAAAGCAAACUUAAAUUAAUUGAAAUGACAAAAACACAAAAACAAAAGAAAAACAGAAAUCCAAAUUAUAACAAUUCAAUUUAAUUGAAUUUUAUUUAUAUAGCCCAAAAUUACAAUAACAGUCAUCUUAAUGGGCGUCGUAACAGUAAUACAGGAGGAAAGAUUUCCUGAGCUGUUCAAAAACAAAACAAAAAACUAAAUAAAUCAAAAAUAGGCAACAAACAUAUUUAUAGAAAAAAACCAAAUGAAUGCAGAAAGAAAAAACAAACGUGGGGAAAAAAACAUGGCAAAUACACCAAAAAAAAAAAAAACACUUAAAAGCAGCAGACACAGCAACACGAGUCCAAAAACAAAAAUCUGCAAACAAACCUGUGGAACAAUAAAUUACUUUUUUUUACAACAAACCCAAUAAAUACUAAACAGAAUUUACUCCCCUUCAAUCAGAUCAGUGGCAACCAGUUUAUUUUCAUAAAAAUAAAUGCUAUUAAGAUCAAAUUAUUUAUUCAACUUGUUCAACUGCAGUUAAAAAAAAAAAAAGCUUCAGUUUCUAUUAGCAUUUCUAAAAAUGAGAAUUGCAGUUUAUCUGUAUCAAUUCCAGCUUCUCCCUCAUGAUUCACCCCGAGCAGAAACUCCGUCUGGAUCUGAUCUCGUUUUUUUACGCAACAUUUUUCAGGAUGUUGGGUAGAAAAAAAAUCUGUUGUAAAAAACAUCAGAGAUUCUCAGCGGAUUUCAUGAUAAUUUCACCUUUCCUGAAUGAAGCACAUCUGAACAGACAGACUGAAGAUCUGACGUCAUGCUCAAGAGAAGGAUUCAAAAUUUACUGCAUGACUUCAGAUUGGCGGGAAUCAUAAAGACUCAAUUGUCUGAAGCGGUCAAAAGUCUAAAGUCAAGCAGACGACAUCUUCAGGAAGGUUUAAAGGAAGAUUUCGUUUUUGGGGGAGAGCUCUUUGAAGAGGAGCUGAGGAUGUGGGACGGGAGCAGAGGUGCUUCAUCAGGACCGAAACCACAGAGGAGCUCUGGAUCGCAAUCAGAGACCAAACACAACUGGACCUGUUCUUUUCUUUGCACAGAUGAGGACAAAAUUGUUUCCAGAAUUCCUGAAGCAUAGUUGUGUGUUUUGUAAGACCUGACAAUCUGUUUAGAAGGUGAAGGUGCCUCGUUUUCUUUUUUUGUUGUGGUUCACUUCCAAAUGUGACAGCAGAACUUCAGGUUUCUCUGACCUAGCAGAUGACAAAAAGGCCCGGAAGACAUUGUGCAAUUUAAGAGUGGGUGGAGUGUGCUAAUAGGGGUGGGGUAUCAUUGUGCAGUUUUGUGUGUCCAUUCUAUGUCCAGAUUGGGCCUCCUCUGUUCAAGUCUGUUUGACUAAAAACUGCACGUCAGCUGGUGACCAGCAGUGGAGCGCUGCUUUAUGACACCAGCUGGUGGCGCCGUGAUGCAGCCAGGACUUACUGAGCUUUACCAGAACCUGAACUUCACGUUCUGAUCCGCCUGAGCAUAGGAAGUCCGAGCCGGAUCCUGAGGUGUUCAGAAGCUCCGUGCGCCGUCAUCCAAAAUAACAGCUCCGAAUCCCAGAGCUGAGCUAGAAAUGACACCUGGUUUCAGCCAGGUGAUGGUUAUGAAGGCUCCACGUGACCUGCAGGUUGUUGCUACGGAAACACGAUUUGGAGGGGAUGCCAAAGAUGUUUUUGAACGUGCAAUGCCACCAAGAUCUAUGAUUCACAGCCUGCAGAACGGCUGCUCCCACUCAAACGUGUCUGAUGAGUGAGAAAGGGGUUGAAAAAGUCAGAAAAUGUCUUCUGUAAUAUUAAUUUCAUGGAUCUUUUAAAAUAAAAACACACUUAAAAUGAGGCAACUGAACAGAAUCGCAUAGAUUUUGCUAAAUUAUUUUCAAACAUGGCUUUCACCCCAGUACUGGAUAAUUGUUCAUUAUAUUCUGAUCUGAAUCAGACUAUGAUCCUUUAAAUUUAACCCUCCUAAGGUCAACGUUUCCAUGGCAACCUCCAGAAGGGUACAAACUGUAAGCUGCUCCACUGAAGUGUCCUUUUUUUUUGUGUUGAAAUUCUGAAAUUUCACAUGAUCCAUCAUUAUGGAGGCACAUAUGUAGAUCCUGUAUGUUUGUAUAGAGUUAUUGCUGUAUGCUGUUACCGCGUGUCACGCUGCAUGAUGUCGGUGUUUAAAAUGAAGAGAUCUUCAGGCUGAC